UCCAGCUACAACAUCUACAAUGCUGUCUAUGUAGUAGCGCAUGCUUUACACCGCCUGCAUUCAACCCUCUACCAUCACAGAAGAGUGAUGAAGAAAAAGAAAUUUAACUUCUUCAGUCAACCGUCGUGGCAGCUCCACCACUUUCUGAAAAGUGUCUCAUUUAACAACAGUGCCGGGGACGAAAUUUCGUUUAAUGCCAAUGGAGAAGUCGCAACAGGGUAUGACCUUGUCAACUUGGCUGCUCCCCCAAAUCAAUCAUUUUUUAAAGUGAAAAUUGGAGAGUUUCAUCCCGAAGCUCCAGCUGGCCAAAUGCUUCCCAUUGACGAAGACAGCAUCACGUGGAGCAGCAAAUUCAAUCAAACAAAGCCUCUUUCAGUCUGCAAUGAAAGUUGUCGUCCCGGCAAUAGGAAGAAGAUGAAGGAAGGGAAGCCAUUUUGCUGCUAUGACUGUAUUUCAUGUCCAGAAGGGAAGAUUUCUAAUCAAAAGGACUUGGAUGAGUGUUCCACUUGCAGAGAAGAUCACUAUCCAAACGUGCGACAAAAUCAAUGCAUUCCCAAAGAUAUCACGUUCUUGUCUUACACAGAGCCAUUGGGGAUGGCCUUAGUGACUGUUGUCCUGGCCUUUUCCUUCAUUACACUUCUGGUGCUCGGAAUCUUUGUGAAGCACCGCAGCACCCCCAUUGUCAAAGCCAACAACAGGAACCUCACCUACGCUCUCCUGAUCUGCCUCCUCCUGUGCUUCCUCUCUGCUUUGCUAUUCAUUGGUCGACCACAACUGGUGUCAUGUCUCCUCCAACAAACCUUUUUUGGCGUGGUAUUCUCAGUUGCCAUUUCCUGUGUGUUGGCCAAAACUAUCAUGGUGGUUCUGGCUUUCCUGAGUGUCCGUCCAGGAAGCAGCCUCAGGAAGUGGGUGGGGAAACAAGUGGGCAAUUCAAUUGUGAUCCUCUGCUCCCUUUUCCAAGCAGUCCUUUGCUCUGUGUGGCUCACAACUUCUCCCCCAUUUCCAGGUGUUGACAUGCACUCAGAAACUGAAGCAGUUGUACUGGAAUGCAAUGUGGGGUCUGUCACCAUGUUUUACUGUGUCCUGUGCUACAUGGGCUCCUUGGCUGUGAUAAGUUUUGGGGUGGCCUUCUUGGCCAGGAAGUUACCCGACAGUUUCAACGAAGCCAAAUUUAUCACUUUUAGUCUACUGCUCUUUUGUAGUGUUUGGCUGUCCUUUGUUCCAACCUACCUGAGCACGAAGGGGAAAGCCAUGGUGGCUGUUGAGAUCUUCUCUAUCUUAGCCUCUAGUGCUGGUCUUCUGGCUUGCAUCUUUGCCCCAAAAUGUUACAUUAUUUUGCUGCGGCCGGAGCUCAACAACCGGGAACAGCUAAUAAGAAGGAAAGGGUCAUGAUGUAAAGAAGUAUGGUUACACCCAUAUUCUGCAAUAAAAGCAUGUAUGUGUCAUCCUUCUGUCCAUUCUGAAAAGCCGAUUUCAGUUUCACCAGAGCAGCAUUCUAUAGUCUGGCUGCUUCACUAUUAAGUUCACACUAAGGAUUGUUACUUACAAAAGAUAUAAAUAAUUUAUUAUAAGAGAACUCCAUAGUAGGCAGGAAAGGCAGAAUGAAGGCUUUUCGGUUGGAAUACAUUACUCCAGGUCUUACAGUGGGCAGAG